CCAACAUCUUUGUAGGCCUUUUUUUUCUCAGGGCAUUUCAGAGUGGUCUGAUGGAGCGACCUUGGGCUCUUGAUGCUAUUGUCCUCUUUGAUGCAACGGCUGCCGACCUGGCAAGCCGGAAACGGUUGCGGCCUGCGCUUCUUCUGACUUGGACUUCUACUGUAGCAUCGCCGCUCAAGUUUAAAGGAGCAGCCACAAACCGACCUAACCAACGUUGUAAACGCUCAUGUUCUCUUGGAUUCGUGGAGUGGCUGGAAUCCUGCACGGCGCUGCCUCGUCGGCCGAGACCACAGCCUGCGAACCCUGGGUCCCCGAACCCGCAUCACCAUGUAAUUUAUCCUGUCAGUAAGGGGAUCGAAUUGUCAAGAGGGACUUGGCCAAACAUGAGGAAACAUUUCCGACCUCUGCGCCAAAGUGGCAAACCACUUGGCGGAGGGAACCCAUGGAAUUCCUGGAAACAAGAGCUGUUCUUGAACCCACCAUAAUCCCAUUUUUGACCAUCCGCUCCAUUGUCGAGCUGUCGCCUCAAGAUUAAGACGACGAUAAAGAUAGCCGAGUGCCCGGGGUAACCCACGUGCACCUCUCAAGCGCCCCCGCCGAGCAAAUUAGCCAUGGAGAAGCGAAAUGCUGCGAUUGCCAAAAGUGGGAGGCGCCCACGGUUGCUCUUGGGCGUCUUUGUCCAGGGACCCUUUUUUUUUUCUUUUG